CAUAGCUCGUACAGAACUUGACUUGAACAAGCAAAGCCAACUAAAGAAUCUUUGUCGGAUUGUCUGAAACUUAUGUUUGGGGCCGGACCCUUCAGAGGUAAGAGGUUGUUGGGAUAUCAUGUUAAUGUUAGUGGCCAGGUUCAACUAAACUAACCCAGUCCCUGAAAACAAUAAUAACGCCACAUUGUGGGGUUAGUUUAUGUUAUCCACAUCGAAGGAAGUAGUUGCUCAACGAUCAUCAUCCAUAUCUACCCCAUUGAUCACUCACUUUUACCUUUUUCAAUAUUAUCACACCAAGCUGUAUUACUGCUACUUAUAGCUUUGUUUACCUGUGCUUCAGAGAGUUUAAGCCGGAGCCGAAGGUGGAAGCUGUCUACACCAUUGGAAUGCAGCAAUUUGGCUCUCUCUAUAUCAUCGGCUUGGUCAUUGCUGCAGCUGGAGCCCAGCCCAUUAUAUGAAAGAAACUAAGAAAGAGCCUGGUUUCAUAAGCAAUCUAACGGGAGAAAAAAUAAUUAUGGGGAAAGGAAGAAAGUGUCUGCACAAGAAAUAGUGACAUCUUGUGGGGUCGACUCGGUAAGAAACUGCAAUGGGGUAUCUUCGUCAAACUAGGCAAUAAAAAGGGCAGGGGAGUGUUGUGGGGACUCUCCACUACUUUAACAAAAGCUCGAUCGAUCAAGGAGCCUCCUCUCCUCUCCUUCCUUCUCUCAUAUCAUCAUCACCUCUCAACUCCUCCCAGUGGUGCAGACCAUCAUGUUUAUUCUUUCCACUUUUUUCUUGUUCUUAUAAUCCUUUCUUUCUAAGUCCCCUGGAGGGUGAGAACUGAGAAUGGCUCUUGUAGUUAGGCAGCACAAGGAAGAGAACUAUGUGAAGAGCAAGAACAAGAAGAACAACAAGAGAAGCAUGUCUGUUCCUGGGAUCAGUAGCCUGGCUUCCAUCGAGUCAUUGUCCAUGCCUCUUGUCCAGGAGGUCGUGAUAUCAGCAGACAUUCAGUGUGUACAGUGUCAGAAGAGGGUAGCUGAUGCUAUCUCCAGAAUGAGUGGGACAGAGUCAGUAACAGUAAACCUGGUGGAGAAGCAGGUGACUCUCACUUGUACAUACCCAGGACCAGGAGGUGGUGGCAGAGUUAUUUACAGGAACCCUUUAAGCAGAAUCGCCAUUAUCAGCAGGCGCAUUUUGGGUUCUUCUUCUUCUUCUUCUUCCAAGAGGUAUUGAAGACUAGAAGAGGGUAUAUUCAUCUUGCAAACACAUUUCCACCUCUGUAACCUUUCUCAGUAGUGGAAGCAAAAGGAGGAAGGUGGGGUACAUGUAUAAAUGCAUUCUUGUAAAGCAUCUUGGCUUAAUCAUGUAUAUCUGAUCUUGUGUUAAUUCAAUGGUGGCACAUGCUUCUCCUUCCCAUAAACUAAGAAGAACAAGCAAAAAAAAGAAAAGGGAUACACAAGUUAUUUUUUUUAAUACGUGAUACUCCCUAUUAACAUUUCAAUCCAGAAAAAAUGAUAAAUAUUUUCGCUCUCGAUUAUCAUAAGAUCGAUUCGUUAAUGUCGCAAGUUGGGAGUUCAACGAAAAGUUUCUAUCUGACACUUUUAUGGUGGUUGUCAAUGGAACAACCAAAUCAAACCAGCUUAUUACCUAAGUUGAAGCAAAUUCUACCUUUCUGAUGGAGGUAUUGCAUUACUUAAACGUUGUUGUAAAGCCAACUUGGAAAGGAAGGAAUAAUUAUACACACACAUGAUUGACUGGUGGAUAUUCUAAUAAGACAUGUCUAAUUUC